CUCAUCUGUUCCCUAAUCCUCACAGACGCCAUCAUUGACUUGCAAUUUAUUUAAAUUAAUCUAACUUCCCCUCGCCCUUCCAUCCCGACUGCAAAUCGUUGCGGAGAGCCUGGAACCACGAACUCCUGUUCACACUCCUUUCCUCGCGCUUUUUGAAUAUGAAUGUUUCGACCUUGCGAUCCUGUUGGUAGUCUCUUAGGAAUCCGACCGUCCUUCGUGGCCUCUCUUCGAGCAUCUUCUCGCGCGCAGCGCAUGGUCAGAUAAACUCUAUGUCCCAGAAUCCCUCCUUCGAUCUUGUCUGAACAUGUCGUUCCCUGUCCCCAGGGCAUUAUCCGCUCGCUCGCGUUUAAUCUGUAUCCUAAGCUUUUUCUUCCUCGUCCUCCUGGUCGUUCUCCACCAAUCCGCACCAUAUCACGGCUACACGAUCAUCCAGAAGCCAGUGCCAGCGCCUGCUCCAUCGCCAACGGCGGGCGAAGAAUUCAUCGAGACGAAGUUCAUGUUCCAGGAGGAUCUGGCCACGCUUCGCCAACCCAACUUCGACCUGAAGGAAUACACCAAAUAUAAACCGCAUAACUAUGUGCCGGACACGCAGCAGCAAACCUUCGCCACCUUCCUUUGCACCCCGAACGCGUCCAUCUACGAUCCCUACUUCGCCGCCACCCUGAACCUCGUCUACCGCAACCUCUGGUCCCCUUCUAUCGCUUCUAAAUCCCGCCCCUUCACCGUCUUCGUCGCCCCGUUCAUUACUCAAGAACAGCGCGACAUCCUCGCCGGCGCAGGCGCUGUCAUCCAAGAACUCGGACUCCUCCCAUGGGAACCUCACAUCCCCGGCGUCUGGGGCCGCUGGCGCGACCAGUUCUCCAAACUUCAUUUCUUCAACCAGACGCAGUACUCCACCAUCGCAUACAUGGACUCCGAUGCCUUCCCUCUCGAGAACAUCGACUCCGUCUUCGACGAGAUCAUAGAGCAGAAAUGUGACCCGGCGAAGCUCAACGCCGACGACCUGAAAGAGAAGGACGAGCUCUGCGACUACACGUUCAUGGGCGUCAUGAAUAUGGGCGGGGGGAUCAACGGCGGCUUCGUCGUCGUGCGCCCCAACCCCGCCAUGCAUCGGCGUUUGAUCCGGAACUACGUCAAGGUGGAUGAGUACGACAACACGGCCGCGGAGCAGUCGUUUUUCAAGUGGAUGUUCGCCGAGGACGGGGCGUUCCCCGUGGCGUUUCUCCCGCGCAAGUUCAACGGGUACUUCCCGACCGAGGACGACAAGGGGCAGAUCAUGGUGGUGCAUGAGAAGCUGUGGGCGUUCUCGGAUUUGCCGUCGUGGCUGAUGGGAGUGUGGGAUAAGGGGUGGGAGGAGAUGGUGGAUUACUUUAAUAGCCCCGCGUUUAAGGAGGCGCGGGAGAAGGAUGGCGCGGUGAGUUAGGGGCGGGGCUGGAAGGGUUCAUUCUAGAUAUGAGACAUGUAUAUGUUUGAUGCUGUUCUGUGUAUAGUAGCUUUCUUGUAUCUAAUUGCCACAAAAUAUAUCCGGACUGUACACACGUGACUAAACC